UUUAUAGUUUGGGUUUUAUCGUAAGAUCACAUUUUAAAAACACAGAUUAACGGUCGCUUUACUCUCCAGGUUGAAAAAUGAAACUAAACAGGACAGAACUGAAAUGGCUCUUCACACUGAUCCUUGCAUUUCACAUCACAUCUAUACAUGUUGAAGCUUCUCAUGAUGAUGAUGAUGAUGAAGUGAGGAUCCUGAUAGUGGGAAUGCGAGGCGACUCCAGGUUCAGCGCUGCAGAGAUUCUGUCAGGAAGGAAAGCCGGUGGACAGGAGGACAGAGAGAUUGUAAAGACUCCAGUAAUGACAGACGAGGGUCGUAGAAUGAUGCUGGUCACUGGACCAAACCUCUGUGAGGACGACACAGCGAGACAGAGCUUCACAACAGCGCUGGUUCUCUCGGCUCCUGGACCUCACGCCGUUUUAAUGCUCCUGAAUCUGGAAGAUCAAGAAUCAGAAGAGUGUGAUGUUGUGAAACGAGUCCAGGAUCUGCUGGGAGCAGAAGUUCUUCAGCACUGCAUUGUUCUUCUGCAGCAAAAUCACCAGGAACGUUUGACAGGAGCGUCCAGAGGGAUCGCUGGAGAAAUGAUCAACGCAUGUGGAGGCAGAUUUCACAUGAUCAGAGACUCUGAUCCCAAACCUGCUCAAACAGCAGCUCUCGUAGCGGAAAUACACAAGCUAGUUCAGCUCAAUGCUCACGGGUUUUACUCGGGAUUGAAUGAGAAACAACAGUUACAUUCAGAAAGGCUGGAGCUUUUGAAAAAACUACAAGAAAUAGAGACAAUCCUUACAGAAAAGGACAGUCAAAAUGUAAAUAAAGAAAAUCAGCUCUUGUCAGUAAUAUAUGACACUUUAGGAGGAGCAGCUGGACACAUAGGAUGGAUUUCCCUGGUUUCAUUUACCGCUCUUGUUGUUUACACUGAAGGAAAUGACAAAAUGUUGAAUUUUGGGGCAAUAUUUGCAGUACUUGUGGUGUUUAUGGUCUAUCUCAGACAUGUUCUGAAUCCAGAUGUUGCUAUACCGCUAAAUUUGGCCUUGAUGACAUCACUAGCAACAAUAUUUACAAGAGACCGCAGAGAAAUCGAAGGGUUUAAGUUAAGCAGAAUUAUCAGUGAUUCAAACUUCAGAGAUAUCAUAGUAAAUAUCAUUGGGGAUUUCAUAAGAAAUACAGAAAUGUCCAUACCAUUUGUUCUGGGUUCAUCUCUGGUCUUUGGGACAAUCAUCAGCGUCAGGUCGUGGUCAGAUGUGCUCAUCACGUGUCACGCGGCUCCUGGAGUCGCAGCCGGGGCUUAUGCUUUCAUAUUUCACAAUGAAAAGAAGAGUCGUGAAUAUCUAGUCUUUGUGUUCGGGUCAUUUCUGUGUUGUACCACUGGGGAGACACUUUCAAUGGGGUUUGUGACUGUGUUUGCUCUACUUGGUUGA